AUGGAGUUUCAAGUCGUGGGAGCAUUUGUUGGAACCUAUGGGAUUAAUUAUGGGAGGAUUGCCGAUAACAUCCCCUCUCCGGAUAAAGUAGUCUUACUUCUAAAGCAAGCUAAAAUUCGGAAUGUUCGUAUAUACGACGCAGACCACACUGUCCUCCAGGCUUUCAGUGGGACUGGUUUAGACCUUGUGGUUGGACUCCCAAAUGGCUACUUGAAAGAGAUGAGUUCAAACGCUGAUCAUGCUUUCACUUGGGUCAAAGAUAAUGUUCAAUCUUUCUUGCCCAAGACUCGGAUCCGUGGUAUCGCAAUAGGCAAUGAAGUUCUCGGAGGCGGUGACUCUGAGCUUUCCGCCGCCUUACUGGGUGCUGCUAAAAAUGUCUACAAUGCGUUGAAGAAAAUGAAUCUGGAGGAAACGGUGCAGAUCACCACGGCGCAUUCACAGGCCGUGUUCUCUGAUUCAUACCCACCGUCGUCUUGUGUAUUCAAAGAGAAUGUCGUUCAGUUCAUGAAGCCACUGCUCGAGUUUUUUCAUCAGAUUGGCUCUCCUUUUUGUUUGAAUGCCUACCCUUUCUUGGCCUACACUUAUAACCCGACUGAGAUCGAUAUCAACUAUGCUCUUUUCAAGCCAACAGAAGGCAUCUAUGACUCGAAAACCAAUCUACGUUAUGAUAAUAUGCUUGAUGCUCAGAUCGAUGCCGCCUACAUGGCCCUGCAAGAUGCUGGGUUCAAGAAGAUGGAGGUUAUAAUUACUGAAACCGGGUGGGCUUCUAAAGGCGAUACAGAUGAACCUGCAGCAACUGCGGAGAAUGCAAGAACCUAUAACUAUAACCUCAGGAAGAGGCUUGCAAAGAAGAAAGGGACUCCUCUUAGACCAAAAACGGUGCUGAAAGCCUAUAUCUUUGCUUUAUUCAACGAAAACUCAAAACCGGGCAAGAGUUCAGAGAAAUACUUUGGACUUUUUAAGCCUGAUGGAACCAUAUCAUACGAUAUUGGAUUCAACAGUCUCAAGUCUAAUGCUGCCAAGUCACUCUUUUCAUCGUCAAAGGCUGCUGGUUUAGUCAUCUCUGUCUCGGUUUUUCUCCUGAUGAUGUGA